UCUGCUCGCGGUCACUCGCACACGUGUUGCCUUGUACCGCCGCAACUUUCUGAUCAUAAAACCCUGUUUUCUCUUCAAAAGUCGUCGAAAUAGACCCGUGAGAGUUCAUCAUGUUCCUGCAGUUUUACCUCAAUGAGAAUGGCGAGAGGGUGUACACUCUGAAGAAAGUGGACCCCAGCGGUCAGCCCACCAGCUCGGCUCAUCCGGCACGAUUCUCACCCGACGACAAGUUCUCCAGACACCGAGUGACCAUCAAGAAGAGAUUCGGACUCCUGCUGACGCAACAGCCCCGGCCUGUGCUCUGAACACACACACACACACAAACUCAACAACACUGGACUUCUACACACAUUAUUAUUGUUUUUUUAUGAAGAAGUGUUUUCUGAUUUCACAUGACCAUCAUUAGUGCUCAAUAUUAUUUUAAACUCUCUCUUUUUUAAAUAGAGUAAUAUGAUUUGUGAUUCCCAAACGCAUGGCUCCAUUGUUUGCUCAAUGUGGUUAUGUGGAGCAACUGGAAAAUAAAAUUAAAUGCCUGAAAGCGUGA